AUGGUCGAAAAGGUCCUACAACUGAAGUGCAACUGCAACCAGUACCCAUGGGGAAAGCAGGGCUCCAAGUCGCUGGCCGCAAGCCUGUGUGAGAAGACACCAGGUACUGACUUCAAGAUUGACGAGAACACCAGCUAUGCUGAGAUGUGGAUGGGCACUUACCCAGAGCUUCCCUCAUAUGUCUUGGAAACUGGCGCGGACCUACAGAAAGUUAUCGAUGAGCACCCAGACGAGCUUCUCGGAAAGAAGGUUGCCGAGAAAUUCAACCACACAAAGCUGCCAUAUCUCCCAAAGGUCUUGUCGAUAGCAAAGGCCCUACCUCUGCAGCUACACCCGAACAAAUCUCUGGCUUCCAAGUUACAUGAGAAGAACCCGGACCAAUUCACAGACCCGAACCACAAGCCGGAAAUUGCGCUCGCUCUUGGUGACUUUGAAGCCUUCUGUGGUUUCAAGCCGCUCAAGGAUAUCGAGCGUCUGAUGCAGCUUCCCCCACUCCAAGCCUUUCUCCCCGAAGUAAAGAAGCCUGAAUUCGAUGACCAGCAACUCAAGCAUGUUGUCAAGGCCAUGCUCAUGGCAUCCGAGGACGCUGUACGCAAGACAAACCAUGCAUUGGCAAAGAUUUCCAAGGAGCAAUUCGGCGAGUUCAGCUACAUUCCCGACUUGAUUCCUCGUCUGGCAGAGCAGUACGACAAGGCCGAUAAUGGAACGCUUGUUGCUCUCAUCACCAUGAACUACCUCCAACUCAAGGCUGGCGACAGCAUCUACAUCCCCGCCGACGGCAUCCAUGCCUACCUCUCCGGAGACAUUAUCGAAUGCAUGGCCCGAUCCAACAACGUCUUGAACACAGGUUUCUGCCCGCGUGCCGACCGCGACAACGUUGACAUGUUCUGUUCCGUCCUGACCUUCACACCACAUGACGCAAAGGAAGCCAUUCUUCCACCCCAAGCCUUCGACGGCAGCAAAAACGGCAAGACGCAGCUUUACGCCCCUCCUCUUAGCGAGUUCAGCAUGCUAGCCACCACCAUGAGCGAUGGCGAUUCCGAAACCAUCCGGGCCAUGGGUGGUCCCAGCGUCAUGAUCGUAACCGAAGGGGAAGGCACCAUGAAGGGCGACGGCAAGGAACAUAAGCUAGGCGCCGGCUACAUCUUCUUCAUCGCUCCAGGUGUAGAGCUGGAAUUUAAGGCUACCAAGCAGCUCAAGGCCUUUACGGCUUUUGUAGAGUAA